AUGGAGGACUAUUCACAAUGGUGCUCGCAGGGCCCCAACGCCUUGGCAAUCACCUCUGUCCCGUCUAUCAGGAAAGAUAACAUGUUUCAGCUGGAGCUGAUGAAUGGCAUGGAUAAUCUUGGAUCUUACCAGGAAAUUGACAUGAGCGUGACACUCCAAACCAUGCCCAUAACCUCACCAGUCUCGCCCUCUGAACCCGAUUCGAAUUCUCCACCGGGCAGUCAAAGCUCCGCCCUCAAAGUCACAGAUCUAGAGACUCAAUGCAGAUUACAUAAUCGCCGCAGACAGAACCGGGAAGCCCAGCGCCGGUUUCGCCAACGCAAAGAGGACACCAAAGAAAUCCUCGAUCAGAAGAUUAAAUACCUAGAAUCUAAAUGCAAAGAGCUAUUAGCCGAGCUCCAGCAGACUUCAGAGACUGUGGCUCAGCUCCAGAAGGACAAGGAGGCAUUGCAGUGUCAGAUCCAAGAUCCGCUUCAGCUAAAGGGAAUCAUUGUCCACCUCACGCAACAACUGAAGGUUCUCCAGACUCUAUCGAGCGUAGCCACGCACCUUACCAUGAGCAUUACUCCGCCGUCGUUUAACGCAUCUCCGGGAUCUCCAAAAACCAAUACCAGUGCUGCAAACGAGGCUUCGAUUAUGGGAUGUCUGAAUGCCUUGUUAUCCACCCUAAAAGACAAUCCGCCCAGCCCUAAAUGA